AUGCCAAACGUUUAUCGCAACUUGAUAUAUCACAUCAUUAUCUCAUAUCUAUGCGUUAUGAUAUGUUCAGAAAAUAUUAAAGUUACUUUUAGUGGAAACAUGAAAAAUGGGAAGUGCUAUGAACCAUUCUUUCGAGAUGAUAUUGGUAAUAAAAUGAAUGAAUGGAAUUCACCUUUGUGGGCAAAAGUGACACAAAUUACAUAUGCAUCUCUGAGAUUACGUCUCCCAAAAAGAAAUGUCUGUACGGCAGCAUUUCAUCCAAAUGUUUACUACAGCAGUGUUGUAUCAUUUUCUGCUAAAGUCAAAGUGAAACUUCAUAAAAAUCUUCAAAUAAAUAUUCCUUUCAUGAUAAAACAGUUGAAUAAAAUUGUAAAGAAUCAAAAUGCAACAUCAUUAAAGAAACAUUAUGAGAGUGAGCAUAAUUAA